CUGCGCAUGCCUCACAGAGGACGGGCUCUGAUGAGGAGGGCUGUUCGGUGUUAUAGGCACACCGAAGAACGUGAAUGUGACCGGCACUGGUAAUGCCAGUUCUAGCAAGAAGACCAUGAAUUCAUCACGUGAUCGAAAAACAGACCCUUUUUACAAACCUCCUGCUUCAGUGCAAAAAACAAGUGCUGAAAUAAUUAAUGAAGCCAGGAAUUCCUUGAGGACACUAAAAACUCAGCCUUUUACUCCCAGAGAGGACCAGAGGAAACUCUUUGGACCACUUUCAACAAGGACACCAGAAAGCAGACCCCCUUCUGCAUCCAGCUUACAUGCCUCCAGCUUUGAUUCCUCUGACUCAAGACCAGUGUCUGGAACACGUUUGAGUCCCUUGCCGAAUAAACCCAAGCUUCCUCUGUCUUCAGUCACAGAUGAUGGUAUUAUACAAACCAUUCCUCAACCACCUUCACAUAGCCCAGUACAGAAGCCCAGUAUAUCCCGUGCGCGCUUGUUUAGAGCUACAUCUCAGGGAAAUCUGUUGACCGACUCUGAAAUUCCUCAAGUGGAAGCAAAGAUUUCUGAAAACAAAAGGCUUAGUACAGAUUGCACCUCUGAAGAGGGCUCAACUUCCUUAUCCACAAAUAACCCCGCAAUCCAACUUCUUCAAAAUCUCAAUGUUACACCAGACCAUCAGAGAUCGCCAGAGAUGCCAAGCGUUUUCCACAAUAGGAAAAAACGGGGGGACAUUGGAAGCAUGAGCAGAAGCUUGCAAUGCACAACGAAAUCUGAUGACACUGCCCGAAAUUAUAACGCAGAAGCUGAACCUAUGAGUAACGAAACCGAGACAGAAUGGGAGACAGAUUACUGGAAUGAGAACAUAUCAGCAAUUCUUAAAGACCUGGAGGCAGCAGAGCAAGAUAAAAAUGUUGAAGACCUCUGCAGUCUAUGUGUCAGAUUGCAGAAGACCUUGGAAGAUGGCAAUAUGUUGGGCAAGCAAUGCAAAUGGCGAUCUAUAAUUCUGAAGACGAUGUACAAGCUGAUAGACAUUGGUUCUGAUGGACUCUGUCUUAACUUGGCCAAGCUCAUUUUAGCGCUUAAAGUGAGCGGCAAGAACCUCUUGAACAUCUGCAAGCUUAUAUUCAAAAUAAGCAGAAGCGAAAACAAUGAUCGUCUUUUCCAAAACGAUGACCUGUUGGGUGUGUUACUAGAGGUCCUACAGAAUGAAGAUGCCCAGGCUAACCGUGAAGCCUUCCUUUACUGUUUGGGAACUAUCAAAUUUCUGUCUGGGAAUACAGCUCUCCGUAGCGUGUUGCUUCGAAAACAAGCAGUGGAAAUUCUAUUGGAGUUAAUGAAGCAGAUCAUCCAUUUCAACAGCAGCCCAGAAAUGGUUUCUGAUAUGAGCCAUCUGGUAGUACAGCUGACUGCAACAUUACGGAAUCUUGCUGAUCUUUCACAGUCGAGGCUAAAGUUCCUUGCAUGCAAUGCCUUACUUGAUUUAUGUAUUCUUAUGGAGAUAUACAUUAAUGAUAAGGACGUCUGUACAAAUGUUUCACGGAUACUCAGCAAACUUUCUACAUACAAUGAUUGCUGCACAGCUCUAGCAGAUUGUUCCAAGUUUUACUCAGUGUCCUUAGCUGUACUGAAUAAACAUCCAAAGAAACAGGACCUUGUUGUUCGGAUAGCAUUCACGCUUAGUAACUUAACUGCCAAGACAAGUACAGCACGUGAGGAUUUCUAUAAAGUAAAAGGAAGCAUUACAACACUUAUACGUUUAUUACAUUUUUACUGUGAACUUGAUGUAAAGAUGCAACCAACAAAAUCUAUUCAACAAGAGAACCCUAAAAAACAGAAAAAACCUUCUGAAGUUGAGGAUAUGUUGAUAAAAUUAGUAAACCUGUUGGCCAACCUGUCUGUUCAUCCAAACGUUGGCAAAUAUUUGGCUGCUGAUCAAGACUGUAUUUCUCAUUUAAUUCAGGUUCUAGAGUACAAGUCGAUAGAUGAAUGUGAGGAACUGGUGAUCAAUACUGUAGCAACGCUCAGUAAUUUAUCUUUCUAUGAAAAUGACAGCUCUGCUAUUACCAAGAGGAGACUUGAGAUUUCCAAAUUGAUGUUCAAACUGCUGCUUUCAAAUAACAUGGAGGGAAUUCUUGAAGCAGCCCGAGUAUUUGCCAAUCUCUCUCACUACCAAGAUGUUCGGGACUUCAUUGUUGAGAACAGAGUGUAUAAAUUCCUAGUUACCUUACUGGACUCUAGCCACCAAAAUGUCUGCUACUUUGCCUGUGGGGUACUGACUAAUUUGACCUCCGACCGCAUUGGUAGAAUCCUACUGAAAGAAGAAGGGACAAUUACCAGGUUGGUGGAAUGUUUACGAGACUUUGGGCCCUCAGACUGGCAGCUGGCCACAGUGGUAUGCAAAGCUUUAUGGAACUUCAAUGAGGACGUAAAUGAGGCAGAAAUGGUUAUUGGUAAUGAAGAAACCAAUACACUUUUGAACCUCUUGGCUUCUUUUCUUGAUGAACAAAUCGCUGAGGAUUGCUGCUGGAAUGUAGAUUUACUGGAAUAUCAGAGAACAUGCUGGGAAGUAGAAUUUAAACCUGUGGCCAUAAAGCUCUUGGACAAAAUCCACCAUCAUCAUUCCCAUCUGGAACCUCUGCCUUUCUAGACUUUUUACUGAUUGCACAUGUGUACUGGAAAUAUUUGUGGAGAUUUUUCAAAAAAAUCCUAAUAAAAUGAAGUGACUCUACAAGUACAUGCUCAGUCUUCUCAACCCUAAGGCUGGGUUCACACUUGAGAACGCAGCGGCUCACAGCAGGAGUCUGAUGCGUCUCCAUUCACUAUUUCAGGUCCGAUUUCAUUCGGAAUUUUGGUCCGAAAAAGAAAAGACGCACAGGCCUCCUGUGCAAUUCGCACUGGAGCUACUGGUAUGUGUGAACCGGCUCCAUAGAGAGUCGGUCACAAUCUCCUGCUUCUAUCCGAAUUGACUGUGGAAAAACCUGCAUCCAAUUCGCAAUAGUGUGAACCCAGCCUAAAAGUUUCAAAUUGAUAUUGGCUGCUGUUUAACGGAAAUAUUUUUUUCUGGAAGUCUGCACUUUUUUUCAUACAAUCUAAACAGAGAAGUUACUAUUUAAAGUGGAGCUAUAGUUGGAAAAUUGAAUCAUGCUAGAUCAAUUAAGGCUGGCCCCCUUUGCAGGUAUGGGGAUGUAAACUAUUAAAAAUAAGUGUCUAUACUGUUUAAAGUGGAAGUAAACUCAAAGGCAUAAUAUGUAUCUAUAGGUAAGCCUAUAAUAAAGCUUACCUAUAGGUACUGUAAAUAUACCCUAAACGUGCAACGUUUAGGAGACAUUUACAUUGAAUGCAGCCGAUGAUGUCAUUGGCGCAUGAGCUCUGAAGAAACGGCCACCCAUGCUCUUCCUUCAGAUACCUGUGCCGUGAAUGACGGUUAGCUCGCGAACGCUUGGGAGUGACGUUAUUGCGGCUCCAGGCCAGUCACACUGCCGGAGUCCAUGGAUCCAAAAGGAAGAAGGGUGAAGAUGGACGCUGCCUCCAGCAGCUAACUGGAAGAUGGGCUAACUGGGACAACACAGAGAUUGCCGUUCCACAUUGCAUUGCGGGAGGGCUUUGUUUUCAGGUAAGUUUCACAUAAUGUGCUAUUAUGUGAUAGCACAUUAUGCCCUUGCCUUGCAGGCCUGAAAACAAAAAAACACCCAAUAAUACACUCUCUCACCCUGCUCUGCACAUGCUCAGUUUAUCUAUAUUUUAGGCACUGCUGAGUUUGAGGAGGCCGAUCUGCUGACCGAUUUAAAGCGGAAUUAAAUCCUUCUAUUCAACUGCCAUGGUACUCCACGUGUGAUCACAAGACACCAGCCAUUUGAUGGUUUGGUUAAGGACACAAACAAAUAUGACGACAGUUGGCAAUCCAGGCAUUUCAGGAAUGUAACUGUUUUUUUAAACCAUUAAACUGAUGGGUUUAGUUCCACUAUACAAUUUACUGCUGUUCAGGGGCUCUGGGCUUCAACAAAAUGGCAGUUUCCAGCAAGAACAGACUGGAGCAAUGCUGGAGACACUUUACAGCACACACUAGUUUUGGUAGCAUAAUUAAUGUGGAAUGUAUGUUCUUUGCUAAAGAACGUUGUUUUUUUUGUUUUGUUUUUAUCAUGUUGUUAUGGGUAAAGUUCCGCUUUAAUAACUAAUUUAAAUUAAAUGCAUUAUUUUCUGGUGGUGUUAAGAAAUAAAACUUUAUUUUGUUCAAUG